AGUUUAAAGAAUGAUUCAUUAUUUUUCUGCUUAAAUCUCACGUGAUUAUUAAAUUAUUAAAUACAUUGUCAACUCAAGGGUUUCGUACAGGUGAGACUAGGAGCACCAUGGCUGGGCACUUUCAUAUAAACACUCCUCUGCUGGAGAGCACCGGCAUGUCCAAACGAAUGGGCACCACUGUCUACCUGAAGAUGGAAAACUCCCAGCCCUCUGGCUCCUUCAAGAUCCGGGGAAUUGGACACCUUUGCCAAAAGCUUGCCACUCAGUCAAAAGGGGUGGUAUGCUCUUCAGGUGGCAAUGCAGGUAUGGCUGCUGCUUAUGUAGCCAGAAAAAUGUGUGUACCAGCUACUAUCAUAGUUCCUUCCUCUUCUCCUCAACUGGUGGUCCAGAGACUACAGGAUCAGGGGGCAACUGUUAGGAUAGUAGGCAAGGUCUGGGAUGAUGCCAAUACAGAAGCUCUUCGAUUGGCAGAUGUUGAGGGGCUCACAUAUGUUCCUCCAUUUGAUCAUCCACUGCUCUGGGAGGGCCAUGCCAGUAUGAUAACAGAGGUGGCCUGCUCCCUUGGGCAGGGGGUGAAACCUGGCGCAGUGGUGGUGUCUGUGGGUGGAGGGGGGCUGCUGUGUGGUGUCGUCCAGGGGCUAAUGAGCGUAGGCUGGGUGGAUGUACCGGUCCUCGCCAUGGAGACCAUGGGAGCCGACUGUUUCAACGCUGCAAUUAAAGCCGGCAAAGUGAUCACCUUAGACGACAUCACCAGUGAGGCAAAAUGCCUCGGAGCGAAAACAGUGAGUGAAAAGGCCUUUGAAUACAGCCAGUCCAAGGAACUUAACAUAAUUUCGGAAUUGGUCACAGAUCAGGAAGCCCUGCACGCUGUCGAAGCAUUUCUUGAUGAGGAACGUGUAUUGGUAGAGAUGGCAUGUGGAGCUGCCCUUGCUUCUGUCUAUAGUGGAGUUAUAAAUCGGCUACAAAAAGAAGGUCGCCUGCCACUUUCUUUGGGUCCUGUGGUGAUCAUUGUUUGUGGAGGCAGCAGUGUGGACAUGCAGCAACUAUCCCUCCUCAGGCAAAAACUUCAGGGCUGAUCCACCAUUUUAUCAUAUAUAAAAUACAAACAUAAAUAAAACUAGCAAUAUAUCCAUGAAGGAUGACACAGAUAAUCUAUAUUAGCUGUCUGAUAUCUUCAUUUGUAAUUACCUUAUUGGCCAGGUGAUGGCGCUAUUGUUCACUUAUGUGUAGGUCCUGUGUAUUUUUAGAGCAUGAUUAUUUUCUUUUUCCUAGUCCAGUGUCACAGUUCUUCAAUACAGUUUAUAAGUCAACAACAUGAUGCUAUGCCUAUAGUAUAAUCUUUUAUUGUCAGAGCUCCUUAUUCAGAUCUAAAAUUAAGUAAUAUUUUUAUGCUUACAUGAUGUGGUUUCACCCACAGCUGAAAUUUAUCAGUCCAGUCAACUUGUGUUGUGUGGGAAGCUAUUACUAUGGAAACGGCACUUCAGUUUUAUUUCUGUAACAUCAGUGUUUUUAUAAUCUUUGCUGUUUUCAAUUGAGACACUGGAAUAAA